AUGUCGCAGAGAGCCAGCAAGACCGACGACGAGACGUGCGCGGCCCUCACCUGCCACGAGGCCGGUGCAUGUGCGCUCGCCACGUUGCCCACCUUGGCGCCUCUCGAUCUUCGUGACAUUCACGAGCGUGUCGUGCAGGCCGAGGCGCGCCAGGCUGAGCUGAGAAUGCUGCGGUGCGCGGCCCUUACCUGCGAUGAGGCCGGUGCACGUGCGCUCGCCACGCUGCCCACCGUGGCGCCCCUCGGUCUUCGCCACAUUCACGAGCGUGUCGUGCUGGCCGAAGCGAGUCGGGCUGCUCUGGAGAUGCUGCGGCAGACCGCAGACCUCCAGCGCCUCUUCCCCGAGUGGGAGGGGACCAUGGUGUGCCACGCCAUCGACCCCGACGACGAUGAUGAUGAUGAUGAUGACCACAGAGUGAUGUCGAGAGUUGGAGCGCUGGCGCAUCCCGUGCUCGAGCAUGUUGGAGGCUAUGUGACCUGCGUCGGCCGGCGCCUCUCGGCGAUCAACGUGUCGGCGACGCUGUCAAGCCGACUAUUCCACAGAUGCUUGGGGAGCAUGGCGGCCAUUUCCUCGUCGGACUUCAACCUCCCCUGGCUUUCAGCCUACGAUCUGCUGGUUGGUGCUUUGCUGGUGGAUGUCGUCGUUCGGGCAUCAAAGGUCUGCUGGCGCUCUCUCGGAGGUGGUGGUGGCGAGGUGACGGCGGACGGUGGCAAAGCGCUGCCACCGGCGCCAUCCGGCGACGCCCUGAUGAAGCGCGAGUGCGUGAAGUUCCGCGCCGAUUUCGCGGGCGCAGAGGCCCGGAUUGAGCAGGAGCACCGUACCGGCCUCGAGUCAUUGCACGAGAUCGUCCAGCGUUGCUUCGACGAGCACUCUCGCGGCAUCGAGAAAAACCUCAAGAUUAGGAUGAAGAAGCAGAAGGCGGACAUUACGAGGAGCUUCGCGGGGCAGAUGGAGGCACUGAAGCGCAAAUACGCCGCCGAGCUGGAGCCCGGUCCCGCCGAGCGUGCCGCCGCUGCGUUGGAGCGGGGUAAGGCCGAGGUUUCCUUCCAGGAGACCAUCGCGGCCCUCAAGGCUAGGCUUGCGAGGGAGGCAAGCGAGGGUAACGAGCAGCACGACCUCACCCCUCAGGUAGCGGCCCCCUUGCAUGGCUCGGCGCACGCGGGCGGGAUCGGCGGGGCGGAGGAGACGAAGCAGGAGGAGGGGGAGGAGGAGGAGGAACAAGGGGCCGGGGCGGAGGAGACGAAGGGGAGGAAGAAAGCGAAGACCCGGCGGGGGCUGAAGCAGGGAGGAAGGAGGCAGCCGCAACCGCAAACGGGCCGCCAAUAAGACCGGCGCUGUCUCGAAAUGGUCGUGCGGCACCUCCGUGGGGGGGGAAGGAGGGUACCUGCACCGGCGCGUGGUACCAAACAGCGCAUCAGCCCACCGACUUGCGGCGAGGGUUAAUCUCGUUGGCUUCUGUUAUCUCUUUCCCUCUGAUUGCCCUCUGCGGCGGGUGCGGUGGCCAGACAAUAUCCGUCCCUUUUGGACUGUCGCAGCCCAGCCAGAUAUGUUCUUUUCGUUAUGGUAGCGCGCAUCACGCGCGGAGUUCCUUUGGUUUUAGCGCCAUCAACCAAGCAAAUAGCUGUGCUUGUAGCUAAUUGUUUCAUUCGUGGAUUUCGGACUCAGCGUGUUGGUGGAAAAAUUGGGCCGUUGUUGCUCUGGCCCCUACUCCUCUGAUGCUACAUCUUGGGGAGAAAAUUAUGCAAUCCGUGCCUCCUUUGUCCGUCUUUGCUUAUUGUGUGUCGUUGAUUGACCAUGAGGGAUGAAUGAACGAAUGAAGGAGGCGGUCUUUGUAGUGGUUUUGUUGAUUUU